GGAAAAUUCGGAACGUCGGUGUUGUCACAAACCAAUUAAAUACCGAUCUAUACGUAUUUUUCGCAUAAAUACCUGUGCAACUCUCGCAUAUCUAAUAUUCACACAAAAAUGGCCAGAGGAAACACAAGCGGACGCGACAGACGGGGAAGCGGCUCUCCGGAGCGAAAGCGCGCCCGGCGCUCCAAGUCACGGGACAAGGAGAGGAGGUCCAAGAAGGAGAGGCGAGACACGGAGAGGAGCAGAGAUCGUAGCCGGGAGAGGAAGCACGGCAGCAGCUCGUCGAAGAGCAGCAAAGGCGUUUAUGCGUACGCGAAGGAGCGCGAGGCGGCAAUGAAGCUGGCCAAGGAGCGCAACAGAGAGCGCGAGGCGAAGGAGGCGCAGGAGGUGAAGGAGGAGACCUUCGAUAUGGGCGCAAUUGACAAGGAGGAGGAGCAGCGCCGGCUGGAGUUGGAGAUGACGAAGAGGCGCGAGCGGAUUGAGCGAUGGCGCGCGGAACGGAAGAGGAAGGAGUUGGAGGUGAACAAGAAGGACAAGGUGAGCGUUCUGGCGAACAUCACGCUGCCGUCGGCGAAGAAGUGGAGUCUGGAGGAUGAUUCUGAGGACGAAGCGGAGGAGGCGCCGAAAGAUGGCGUGCCCGAGGAGGAGGAGAUCGAUCCGCUGGACGCCUUCAUGAUGGAAGUGAACGAGGAGGUGAGGAAGGUGAACAAGAUCUCGCAGCCGAUGAAGAAGUCCGGGAGUGGCGUGGUGAUAAUGACGGGCGUGGCGAAGAAGUCUGAGGUGAGCACGAAGAAGAAGGGCGAACUGAUCGAGCAGAACCAGGACGGACUCGAGUACUCGUCCGAGGAGGAAGUGGAGGACAUCAAGGACACAGCGGCGAAUCUGGUGAACAAACACAAGAAGGAAUUGGCCAAGAUUGAUCACACGGGCGUCAAUUAUGCGCCCUUCCGCAAGAACUUCUACGUGGAAGUGCCAGAGCUGGCGAAGAUGAGUGGCGAGGAGGUGGACAAGUACCGGUCGGACUUGGAGGGCAUCCAAGUGAAGGGCAAAGGGUGUCCGAAGCCCAUCAAGACCUGGGCGCACUGCGGAGUGUCCAAGAAGGAGCUGGACGUGCUGAAGAGGCUGUCAUUUGAGAAGCCCACGCCCAUUCAGUGCCAGGCGAUUCCGGCCAUAAUGUCGGGCCGAGAUUUGAUUGGCAUCGCCAAGACGGGCAGUGGGAAGACACUGGCCUUCAUCCUGCCCAUGUUCCGCCACAUUCUCGACCAGCCGCCGCUGGAGGACGGCGACGGGCCCAUCGCCAUCAUCAUGACGCCUACGCGCGAGUUGUGCAUGCAGAUCGGCAAGGACAUUCGCAAGUUCUCCAAGCCAAUCAAUCUGCGGGCUGUUUGUGUGUACGGCGGCACGGGAAUCUCCGAGCAGAUCGCCGAACUGAAGCGUGGCGCUGAGAUCAUCGUGUGCACGCCGGGCAGGAUGAUUGACAUGCUGGCCGCGAAUUCUGGACGCGUGACAAAUCUCAAGCGCGUGACGUACAUCGUCCUGGAUGAGGCGGACAGGAUGUUUGACAUGGGAUUUGAGCCACAAGUGAUGCGCAUCAUCGACAACAUUCGGCCAGAUCGGCAAACUGUGAUGUUCAGUGCCACAUUUCCGCGCCAAAUGGAGGCGCUGGCCAGGCGGAUCCUCAAGAAGCCCAUCGAAGUGCAGGUGGGCGGACGCUCUGUCGUGUGCAAGGAUGUGGAGCAGCACGUGGCGGUGCUGGAGGACGAGGCGAAGUUCUUCAAGUUGCUGGAAUUGCUGGGUCACUACCAGGAGCACGGCAGCAUCAUUGUGUUCGUGGACAAGCAGGAGAACGCGGACAUCCUGCUGAGGGAUCUCAUGAAGGCUAGCUAUCCGUGCAUGAGUCUCCACGGUGGCAUCGAUCAGUUCGACAGGGAUUCCACAAUUGUGGACUUCAAGUCUGGCAGAGUGAAGCUCUUGAUCGCCACUUCGGUGGCUGCUCGUGGGCUGGAUGUGAAGCAGCUGAUUCUGGUCAUCAACUACGACUGUCCCAAUCACUAUGAGGACUAUGUGCAUCGGUGCGGCAGGACGGGAAGGGCGGGCAACAAGGGAUUCGCCUGGACGUUCAUCACGGACGAUCAGGGAAGGUACGCGGGAGACAUAAUCAGGGCGCUGGAGUUGUCAGGAGCAUCCGUGCCGGAGGAUCUGCAGAGUUUGUGGACGAAGUACAAGACUGGCCAGGAAGCGGAGGGCAAGCGAGUGCACACGGGCGGCGGAUUCAGCGGAAAAGGCUACAAGUUUGACGAGCAGGAAGCGAACGCGGUGAAGGAGAGCAAGAAGUUCCAGAAAGCGGCGCUCGGGCUGCAGGACUCAGACGAGGAGGACGAUUUGGAUCAGGACAUUGACCAGCAGAUCGAGAGCAUGUUCGCGGCGAAGCGAAAUGUGAAGGAGGUGGAAGUGCCCAUGGCCACGGCGCACCUGCCGCAGACGUCGUCGACGGAUAAGCUGGAGUUGGCCAAGCGUCUGGCGUCGCGCAUCAACAUCGCGCGGAAUCUGGGGAUGGAGGCGAAGGGCGCCACGCAGCAGGCGGCUGAGGCGAUUCUCAAAGGUGCGGCAGCGCAGCCGAUCAUCACGGCGAAGACGGUGGCGGAGCAGCUGGCGGCGAAGCUGAACAACAAGCUCAACUACCAGCCGAAGGAGGAGGAGGAGCCCUCGGCGGCCGACAGCGAGGCGACGUUCAAGAAGUACGAGGAGGAGCUGGAGAUCAACGACUUCCCGCAGCAGGCGCGCUGGAAGGUGACGUCCAAGGAGGCGCUGGCGCAGAUCUCUGAGUACUCCGAGGCGGGAUUGACGGUGAGGGGCACGUACGUGGCGCCCGGGAAGAAUCCGCCCGAGGGCGAGCGGAAGCUGUAUCUGGCCAUUGAGAGCUGCAACGAGUUGGCGGUGCAGAAGGCCAAGAGGGAGAUCACGCGGCUGAUCAAGGAGGAGCUCCUGAAGCUCUCCACGGCGCACCAUGUGUUCAAUAAGGGGCGCUACAAGGUGGUCUAG